CUGACAACUGGCUGAGCUGAGCGCUGAAAAGUCUAGAAAAAUGUCAGUAACCAAUGCGCAAGCGCAUGGCUGAACUAGUAGCCCACCUCUCAUUCGAGGCACUCUCGCCAUAGAUGGACUAGGAGUGAGAGCCUGGGAGGCAAUACUGUAUGAAUGCGUGAAAAGUUUACAUCUCUUGCACGUCUCUUUAUGGCGUAGCCUAUCCUUAAUGAGCACCAGAUACUGUGACUGCCAUGCUCUAUUCGAUUUUAGUCUCAUGGUCUAGUUUCCAAAAUUUGGUCUACUGUAGAACAGUUUUGAGAAGUUAACCUCAUGACACAUUAGAAGAGGAUAAAAACAAAUUGCUGGUGUGGUGGACUGGACAGAGGGACAGGGGGAGAAUCCGUGAGAAUACUCGCAUGGCACGUAUGGAUUACAUGUAAGGCCAGUGUUGGUUUCGCUGCAUCUCUGGGGGAAAGUCAUCCGAGAAGCGUAUUUUCAGGAGACCAUGGACAGCCUCACUUCCAUGCCAGAGGGAUUCCGCUCAGCCUGGAUUGAUGUUGGAUUUACCCGGGGCUCCGAGAGCUCACAGCCGUGAAAUUGAGAGUGAAAGACGCGCUAUGAAAUAAUAGGCUAUUUGUAAGAUUGGUGCCAAAUGUAGGCUAUUUAUGUUCUGGAUAUUUGAUCAUGUUUUAUUUUCUCAACAAGCGUUACUAACGCUACUUGGAAUCUUGUGAUCAACUUCAAACAGUGGACACUUUUAAAAGGAGCGCUUUGGUGACAAAUUUGUGGAUCUAUUGAAUUAGGCUGUAGGAUUACCCACGGAAUUCCACUGUCAAAUGAUAGUUUCAAAGUCGUUUGUUUUGUUUCCAUUUUGUCGCCUCGCUCUUUCGUUUCAUUCAUUCUCCGUAUCACUUUGUUAACCAGGUUAAAGCCUGAGAGUAAAAGAAAGAAAGCCUCUGUCUCAUAGCGCGCCCAGUGUGCACACACACGGGCACCAUGGUCGGGAUGUGGGGUGGCGGAGGUCUCCCAAUGUCUGUCACCGUGGUUGUGACUCUGCUCCUGGCUAUUAUUGACGUGAAUGCGAGUGGGGAGUACUGUCACGGUUGGCAUGACACCCAGGGCACAUGGAGAGAGGGCUUCCAGUGCCCGGAGAAGUUCGAUGGUGAGGAUGCCAUCAUCUGCUGCGGGAAAUGCGAGCUGCGGUACUGCUGCUCCAGGAAUGAAGCACGGCUGGACCAGGGGACUUGUGACAACGACAAGCAAGCCCAGCAACCGGGCACCGACAGCAAAGAGAACAAGGAGACGGGCGCAGUACCCAUCUACGUUCCCUUCCUGAUCGUGGGCUCUGUGUUCGUGGCUUUCGUCCUGGUGGGUUCCGUGGUUGCCGUUUGCUGUUGCCACUGUCUCCGCCCCAAACAGGAACUGUCAUCAGGGGGCGGGGGAGGAGGCGGGUCUGGUGGCGGCCGUCUCCUAGAGACUAUUCCCAUGAUGGCUAGCGUGGGAACGUCUCGCGGUUCCUCUUCCCGCCAAUCAAGUACGGCCACCUCGUCCAGUUCCUCUGCCCCUCCUGCCCAGGUGCCUCGCCCGGCCCCCCAGCCCAUGAUGCGUGCCCAGGCCUCCUGCUGUCUCCCUCCAGACGCCAGUGUCUUCGUCAACAUGCCGACCAACUUCUCCGUGCUCAACUGCCAGCAGGCCACCCAGAUCAUGCCCCACCAGGGACAGUUCAUCCACCCCCAGUACAUCGGCUAUGCCACCCACCACAUGUCUCCACCCCAGGGGGUCUACCUGGACCCCACCCAGGGGGGCUACAGACAGCUGCAGUCCCCCUACCCCCCACCCACCAGUGUGGCCAGUGUCACCAGCGAGCAGAAGUACCCUCCAGUAACAGUUUAAGCCAUUUUGGGGACUGUGUGUAACAGACCUUGCGAGGGCCUUAUGGGGACUGUUUGAGAAACCUUAUGGGGACUGUGUGAGAAACCUUAUGGGGACUGCAUUAGAAACCUUAUGGGGACAUUGGGAGCUCGCCAGCUUGGAGAGAGAAUGAUAUGGACUCAGGCUCACACAGAGGACUCCGAAGCUGGGAUCUGUGCCUGACCAGCCACAGUGUGUUGCGUGUGUCUGUCCUACAUGUGUGUGAUAUGUAAAGGUUUGGCAGAUUUGCCUCAGGGUAAUGAUUGUGAGUGAGCUGACCUCACCCCAAGAUUGAGGCAGGGGCAUGUCUGUCUGGUUGUCUUCAUUCAGCAACACACAGAGGGGUGAUGCUGCCCACCAGGGCCAAUGACUCGCAGCAGAGUGUGUGGGUUUAACGUCUUGAAGUUUGUCAGUGUAGCGUUUGUUGUAUGUGUUUGUAAAUGAGUGAAUGUGUGUAUGUACAGUACGAGUGAGGGUGCUGUGUCCAGUGUGACUAUGUAUGUAUGUGACUAUAUGUACAGAAUGUGCUGUGUGUGUAUUACUGUCAGUGUAUGUGGUGGUGAGUGGGUGUAUGUUAACGGAUGUACUAUGUGUGUGUGUGUAUAUGAGUGUAUAGUAUGUGUGUAUAUGAGUGUAUAGUAUGUGUGUAUGUGUGUGAGGACGUGUGUAUAUGAGUGUAUA